AUGGAGCCCUCGGAGGCUAGCCCAGCCGUCACCACCAGCAUUGACUCCCUUAAGGACGACAACAUCGAGGACAUCCUGCUGCGCCUCCCGUCGCCGGCCUCCCUCGCUCGAGCCGCGCUCGCCUCACGCCGCUGGCGCGGCAUCGCUUCAAGCUCCCCCUUCCUCCGCCGCUUCCGCGAGCUCCACCCAUGGUCACCCAUCCUCGGCCUCUUCGCCUCCCAGCCGGACCUCCAGCAGCUCCCCAUCUUCCACCCGGCGGCCGCCGUCCGCUCCGACCCGGACCUCGCAGCCGCCGCGCGCGGGGGCGACUUCCUGCUCACCCGCCUCGAGGACGACCCGGCGUGGCGCUUCCGGGACUGCCGCAACGGGCGCCUCCUCCUCUCCCGAGGCGACUCCCUCUCCCUCUACGACCCCGUCUCCCACCGGCACGUCGCCGUGCCCCGUCCACGGAACGACGAACCCCUCGUCCCUGCACCACCUGGAGCAGCGGAGUACAUAUCGGACUGCUUGCUGGACGGCCAUGGAGAAGACGGCACAGCGGCGUGCUUCCACGUGGUCACCGUGCAGCGAGACGACCAAAGGUUGCGCGCCAUGGAGUACGCCUCCUGCAUGCCCGAGUGGCGCAUCCACCCGUGGGUGGACGGCAUCGACGUGCCUGCGCAGAGCAUGCGGCCAAUGCACGCCGCCGCGGCCGGGCUCAUCUUCUGGAGACGUGACCGGAACUCCUCGCUCUUGCUCGACACCAGCACCAUGGCAUUCUCCAUCGUCCCCCUCCCAGUUCCACAUCCACUAGCAACGCAACUGCCGAGGCCGCCGGCAGCGUACGCCGUGGGAGACACCGAGGCCGGUGCUUGUUGCCUUUUGCUUAUCCUCGGCACAGCCAUGCUGCAAGUGUGGCUACUCAAGAAGGACGGUGGUGGUCAUGCGUGGGAGUUGGAGAAGCUGAGCCAGUUACGUGGGCUGGACAGCUUGAACCGGCGGUUUUCCGCCCAUGUGGUGUCUGCCGGACUAGCAACUGUUUACUGUGCGAGCAGCGAGUUUUCUCACUUCGUCAUCGACCUCAAGGACAUGAGCCUCAAGAAUAAGUUUCGUUGUCAUCGUUCCACGGCCUUCACUUUCCAAAUGAGAUGGCCACCUACCGCGUUGGUGCAUACUUCCACUUCCACGUGUGAGCGACCCACCGCACCCUCCAACAUAUGCUUCCAGAGGUAUGAGUGA